CAGAUGAGGGGAAGGCGGGCGUCGCAGGAGAAGCCCCCUUCAGGCAGGUCAUCCACAGGCCGGUCCAGGUCAGCCUCGAGAGCUAAGGAGAACCUCCCUCCUUCUCGCGGCGACUCCGAGUACGAGAGGGAAGUAGGAGGCGAAGAGGAGGAAGAGGACGCAGAAGAGGGGGCGAGAGGAGGCCGCAGACGAGGCAGCGACGAGCAGCAAGAUGACCUGGCAGGAGAUGGAUGCCUUAAUGUUUCUCGUCUGGCUGGGCAGGUGCUGGGGAAGGGGGGAGGGGGGAUGAUGCGAGUGGGGAUCCUGCCCGCCUUCACGAAGGGCAGCAAGACGGCCUCGCUGCCCCGCCACGCCACAGUCAUGUCGUCGCGGGGCUCCCACACCCCCGAGCUCCCUUCGUCCGCUGCCCCCACGCCCCCGCCGACGCCCGAACGACAGCCUUCGACGGCUCCGACGCCUCCGCCCACGCCCUCCAGUGCCCACAGGCCGCCCGUGCCCGAGUCCCCGAAGCCGAAGAUCAAGGGCGCGGGCGGACAGAAGCGCGCGGCCUCCGUGUCCCCGGCGAGGGACAAGAGGCGCUCCUUGCGAGGCCUUUCGAGGGACCGCUUCCCGCAGCUGCCCCACCUGCCGUCCAUGCCCAAAGUGCCCUCCAUGCCCAAAGUUCCGACAAUGCCCAAAGUUCCUGCAAUGCCUAAAGUUCCUCCGAUGCCCAAAGUCCCGUCGAUGCCCAAGAUGCCCGCCAUGCCCAAGAUGCGACCAUUGCCGCGCGCGCCCUCGCUCCCGCCUCAGCUGAGGAACCUCCUGGGGCGGCGCGAGGGCGGGGGCAGCGAGUCCCGCGACGACAACCCCAGCAAGCCGUCGCGCCGCCCGGGCCCCGUCGGCCGCACGUGGGUCAAGGUCUACGACGACAUCACCUUCAUGGACGACGACAAAGACAACGAGCUGUACCCCGUCCUGGCCUACACAGGUCGCCCUCAGAGCGUCCCCGAGGCCGCCCCUCUCCCCAUGGCGCCCACGCCCCCUCCUCCGCGCUCGCACGGCCGCCAGCCCUCCGUCGAGAGCGAGUACGACAAUGUGGUGAAGGAGGAGCUGCAGCGGGUGGUGCCCCAGGACAGCCCCAGGGACGUCCCCCCCGCCCAGGGACGUGGCAGGGAUAGGUUCCGAGGACGUCGCCAGAAGAGGACCGACACUCCCAUUACCGUAGGACAGCCAGGGCCCGAUGACGAGGCCGAAGAGGCCCGCAUGACUGCGCUCGAGGCCCAGAUCCUAACCUCAGCCUCGAGUUCGGCGCAGAAGGAGGAAGAGGAGGACUACAUCAUCCCCCAGGCCCUCAAGCCUCACAAGCCACCUCGAGGCAUCAAAAUCUACGACAACAUUGAGAUUAAGCCCGCCGAGGCUCAGCCUACUCCUGCAGAAGAGGACGAGCCCGUGAAGCCCCAACGCGGCAUCAAGGUCUAUGAAGAAGUGAUCAUACGACGUCAGCAAAUCGAGAAAGAAAUGGAAGAGAUGAAAGAAGCACAGAAGAUAGAGGAAGAGAGAAGAGAGCAAGAAAGAAUAGAGCAAGAGAAACAAGAGGAGGAGAGAAGAGAGCAGGAGAAGAGAGAGGAAGAGAGAAGAGAAGCGGAAAAGAGGGAGGAAGAGCGAAGGGAAGCGGAGAAAAGAGAGGAGGCGAAGGCAGAUGCCAUGGAGUGUGACGAAGCCGCCCUCCCGCCUCGGCCACAAAGAGGUAUCAAGGUCUACGAGUCCAUCCUUCUGAAGCCGAGUGAGAAGGCCAAGACGGAGAAGACAGAGGAGAAGGCAGAAGAAGAGAGGAAAGACGAAGAAAAGAAAGAAGAAAAAGCAGGAAGGACAGAAUACACCUUCCAAACGACGAUGGAGCAGACGGUAGAAGUGAUGGAUGUGUCGGCGGUCGGAGGAGGAGAAAGCACGAAGAAAGAGACGGAAGAAAAAGAGGAAGAGAAGGAAGAGGAGUUGACCCCCUCCAGGCCGUCCCGAGGGAACAAGGUGUACGCCGCCGUCCUCAUCCAGCGCCACGACGCGAGCGACCAGGCCGUCGUCUCGCAGGUCACCCUCACCUCCACCUCCUCCACCACCACGACAACCACGUCCGAGGUCAAGGCCAUCGAUAGCGAGACAGCCGAGGUCAAAGUUCAAGAAGUCAAGGUGAGCGAAGGCGAAGCGGCGGAGGUCAAGGUCGACUCGGUAGACAAAGAGGUAGUGAAAGUCGAUGCAGAAGUCAAGGUUGAUACAGAGACAAAGGCUGAGCAGGUCGAGGCAGAGCCCAAAGUCGAGGCAGAGUCCAAGGUUGAGACAGAGCCCAAGGUCGAGACAGAGCCCAAGGUCGAGGCAGAGUCUAAGGUCGAGGCAGAGUCCAAGGUCGAGGCCGAAGUGAAGGUAGACACAGACGCCAAGGCUGAGCCGGAGAAGACCUCCGAAGACGUUGACGCAGAUCAGAACAAGGUUCCUCCCUACGCCCGCGUUCACAAGAGCGGGGGCGUGAAGGAGCUACGCCCGCUGACAGCCGAGGAGGACGACGAAACGCCGCCGCCCAUCCCGCCCAAGAAGAAGGGCUUGAGGACCAUCUCGCCACAGACCCUUGAGGCUGAGCCGCCCCGCCCUCCGCGCCACCUCAAGCCCCGACUGAAGAAGUCGCAGCAGGUCCUCUUGGUGAAUGGCGAAGUCUCGUCGCCGUCACGCCCCCCUCGCGGCUCCAAACUCUACGCGAGCGUAGAGGUCACGCCCGCGCCGCCCAAACGCCACUCCAAGGUCGUCCGCAUCGAGGAGGUGGUCACACACAUCAAGGACGACAUGCUGGACGCGUCCGCUCCCGCCCGCGCACGCCCAGUCAAGCCCUUGCGGCACGCACACGCCCACCACGACCCGCCCCCGCGCCGCAAGAAGCUCCGCACCAGCGAGGGCGACGAGGGCGACGACGGGGGCGCCGUGAAGGCUAGGCUCACUGUCGACCCCACUCGACCGAACGCCAAGGUCGACCUCAGCGCCGACUUCGAAAACUACGAGAAUGUGGAUCUGAGCGAGACGCGGCCGCAAGCCACGACCAGAUCCCGCACGCGACCUCUGCCUCCCCCGCCGCCGCCGCCCAAGAAAGGCAAGAUCCAGCAAAGACACCAACAACUCAUGCAGCAACAACAACAACAAAAAACAUCAACACAAGCUGAAUCAACUGAGCGCCAGGGCAGCCAACCUCUCCGUGGCGCGGCCGCCGCGUGCGCUGACACAGGGACCGGGAGCGGCGCGGUUGGUACGCCGGGCGAGGAGGCGGGGCCAUCUCAGCGCAAUCACGUCGUCAGUGUCACUUCAGCCUCAGCGACGAUAAGAGCAGGUGCGAAGGGGACGCACCCCGACGGCAGCAGGCUUGAGACGGACAUCGAUGACAACCUCAAGACCAUCGAGAGUUCGUUCGCCACUCUAGACACGGUGUUGAAGUCGCUGCAGAACUACUCGCAGACUUCCCCAAGGCGAGUGCUGCUGGGCGAGGGAGGAGAGGGUGCCACCAGUGCUCUACCCACCUCCGCCGACGCUGCCGCCACAGCUGUCUCGCAGGAGGGCCCUGCCUCCCCCCACGCCCCUCCUCCCCCCACCCCCGCUCAGCAGGAGCAGGGGAAAGACACAAGCACACAUGAUGUAAGCCAGCAGGGCGACCAGGAGGCGAGGAGUGAGAGGCAAGAGGAGGGCAAGGCGCGGGAGAGCGCGGGAGAGGCGGCGACAGCAAAGGAACAAUCAGCUGAUGCGAGCCCCGCCCCCGUCCCCACCCCGGCUGACAGCCCCCCCAAGGUUGAUGCUGCGGCCCACGUGACAAGCACUGAGAGUGAAGUGAAGUCCGAAGUGAUCGCUGAAGUGAAGUGUGACUCACAGGCUGAAGUGAAAGUGCUCGAGGCUGAAGUGAAAGAAGUGCAAUUAGACGUGAAAGAGGCACAUGUCGAGGUAAAAUUAGAUCAGCCUGUAGUAGAAGAGGUUCAGGCACAGCCUGUAGCGAGUGAUAUUCAGGAAGUCAAAGCUGAAGUGAAGGUAGAACAAUCUCAGCUGAAGGAAGCCAAGGAGGAGCUACCUGAAGUGAAGGCUGCUCUUCCUGAAGUGAUCAGUGUUCUCCCUGAAACGAUAGAACCACAAGUUGCGGUGCAGGAACCAGAAGUAAUACAGGCAGAAGCAGUACCUGAAGUACAGGCCGAGGCGAAGGUAGAAGAGAAGGAAACAACGCAAGAGAAAAAGGAAGAAGAGCAGAAGGAAACGACAGCAGAAGAACAAAAGGAAACGACAACAGAAGUACAGAAAGAAGCGAAAGCAGACGAACAGAAGGAAACGACAGCUGAAGAAGAACAGAAGGAAGGAGCAGCAGCAGGAGAAGAAGCGAAGAAGAAGAAGAAGAGGAGGAGCUCCGCGAAAUCGGAAGGGAAGACGGUAUUCCAGACCCUGUACCAGGUGGACGCCCUCAAGAAGGAAAUCAACAAGGCAAAAUCGACGUCGACAGAGGAAGGAGAGAGAGCCGAGCAAGGGAAGGACGGAGAACAAGAACACGCAGAGGAAGUCAAAGUAGAAGAACAAACGAAGUCUGAAGAAGUUCAGGCCGAAGAAACAGCCACAGCUGAGGCGAAGGUCGAGGAACUAAAUAAACCUGGAGAAGAAAAGACUGAAGAACAAGAUAAGACAGUAGAAGUUAAAACUGAAGAAGUGAACGUUGAAGAACAGGUGAAAACUGAAGAAGCAGAACAGGUGGAAGCAAGGAGUGAACACACUGCUGAAGAAGUAAAGGUUGAUGAACAAGGUAAGACUGAAGAAGAAAAAGAAGAUGGAACUAAACAAAUUGAAGUCGAAGAAGUGAAGGAAAGAACAGAUGAACAAACUGAAGAACAAGCGCAUGCAGUAGAAAGAGAACCAGAAAGUAUAGAAAGUCAAACAAAAGCUGAAGAACAGAAAGUAACCACAGACGAAGAGACGAAAACUACAGAGAGAAGAGAAGAGACGAUCGAGGAACAAAGAGAAGAGAGAGAGACAGAGCAGAAAACAGAAGAGAGUGCGGCUUCACGAGACCUCGAAGCUUCGCAGGAAGAGAGAAAAGAAGAGACGAAAGAACAGGAGGAAGAGAAAAAGGACACAAAAGAACAGGAGGAAGAGAAAAAGGAGACGAAAGAGCGAGAGGAAAGCGAAAGAGGCGCGCCCCCAGCACCGGUGGGCGAAGAUCUCGCCUCCAGACUGGAAGGUAUUCGAACCGCGCUCGAGAGUGUUAUUUGCAACCUUCCAGACUCCUCCACUUCCUCCUCAUCCUGCACCGCUAACACCGCUGGGCCAGCUGCAUCUGCAUCUGCAUCUGCAUCUUCUACCACCUCUGCACCCGCCGCUAACAACGGUAACAGUGUGGAUGGCUUGCCCCCGCCCACUAACCCACAGGCCACGCCCUCUAACAUAACUGACCAAGGUGGCGUCGAGGCGAAGGAGGGAGAGAAGGACGGCAUCCCCGCCCCUUCGAGUCCACCUGUUGUAGCCACGCCCCCUAGAACAUCCCUGAGUGCGUUUGAUGAUAAUAACUUUGAUAACCGUGUUAGUUGUGUUAGUGAUACUAGCGAAGCCUCUGGACCCCCUGGCCUUCCCGCCGAACUAAAACCCCUUCCCCGAAACCCCCCCGACUGCCCGGAGCCCCCUGGUCAGAGUGGUGACGCCCGUUCUCCUUCCACCACUGAGACUGACACUAUCCUAACCCGUGGUGAAACCCGUACAACAAACACCCCUGAAGCCUCACACCAUUCACACAGUUGCACGGAAGCUUUUGACACCCCGGUGAGUAGAACGACUCCUCUUAGUGAAGCUUCAACUACACUUCCACAGACCGCAGACUUAAUCAAAGACUCGACAGGCAUUGACAAUGAGGCGUUAGUCAACAUCAGUCACCCGACAGUUUCAGUUAGAGAAGCCCCAUAUAGUGAAGCCUCAAACGAAAGUAAUAAGAGUCUAGGUGUAGCUGAUAGCCUAGGUGUAGCUAGUGAAAUCCCAAACACAAGUAGAGAGAGUUCAGACACUCUUUCAGAAUACACAGGCACUCUGACAGUAGCUAUUUACACUGAAACCCCGCACACAAUUCUAAAAACCUUCGACACAACAGACACUGACACUGGAAUUGUUGACACUGUUAAUGAACCCCCUCACACUGACAAUAAACCUCUUGAAACUCGUAUUGAAACUUCAGAUACUGCCAUUGAAGCCCAAGACACCUUAAAAUUUCAUGGCGCCGUAAGUGAAACACAAGACACAGUUGCAGUAGCUGACGAUACUAGUACUACAGUAACCCUAGACAGUGCUGAAAGCGAAACUCAGGAUAUUACUAGAAUAAACUCGGUAGAAAACCAAGCCUUAGACACUAUAAGGGAGGACAGACAUUUUGGUAGUGAAGCUCCAGACACUGUUAGUGAAAACACAGACACCGUUUUAGAAACCACAGACAUUGUUAGAGAAACUACAGACACCGUUAACGAAAUUACAGACACAGUUAGAGAAUCAACAAACACUGUUAGUGAAGCUACAGAUGCAGGCACUGAAAACACGGGCACUACUAGUGUAGACACAUUUAAAGAAACCACCGACACCGUUAGCGAAACUACAGAUAUAGUCAGUGAAACUAUAGAUAUUGUUAGUGAAACCACAGACACUGCUAGUGUAGCCACAUAUAUAGGCAGAGAUAUAAUCGACACUGCUUGUGAAACCAGAGACACUGCUAUUGGAUUCACAGACACUGGUAAAGAAACUACAGACAUUGUUAUAGAAACAAUAGACACUGCUAAAGAAACCACAGACACUGCUAGUGGAGCCAUAGACAGUGCUACUGACACCACAAACAACGUUAUUGAAACCACACACGCUGUUACAGAAACCACAGACACUGUUAGAGAAAACGCAGACACUGUUUGUAAAAUCACAGGCACUGCUAGUGAAACCAAAGACACUGUUACAGAAACCACAGACGCUGUUAGAGAAACCGCAGACACAGUUAGUGAAGCCACAGACACUGUUACAGAAACCAUAGACGCUGUUAUUGAAACCACAGAGACUGUUAAAGAAACCACAGACACUUUUAGAGACACCACAGACACUGUUAGUGAAACCGCAGAUACUGUUACAGAAACUAGAGACACUGUUAAAGAAACCACAGACACUGUCAAGGAAACUGCUACAGAUAUUGCCAGUGAAACUAUAAAUAUUAUAGGUGAAACCACAGACACUGUUAAGGAAACCACAGACCCUGUAAGUGAAACCACAGACACUGUUAGAGAAACCGCAGACACUGUCAGUCAAAUCACAGACACAGUUAAAGAAACCACAGACACUGUUAACGAAACCACAGACACUGUUACAGAAACCACAGACACUGUUACAGAAACCACAGACACUGUUACAGAAACCACAGACACUGUUACAGAAACCACAGACACUGUUAAAGAUACCACAGACACUGUUAACGAAACCACAGACACUGUUACAGAAACCACAGACACUGUUAACGAAACUACAGAAACCACAGACACUGUUACAGAAACCACAGACACAGUUAAAGAAACCACAGACACUGUUAACGAAACCACAGACACUGUUACAGAAACCACAUACACUGUUAACGAAACUACAGAAACCACAGACACUGUUACAGAAACCACAGACACAGUUAAAGAAACCACAGACGCUGUUACAGAAACCACAGACACUGUUACAAAAAAUACAGACACUGUUAACGAAACCACAGACACUGUUUGUGAAACCACAGAUACUGUUAAAGAAACCACAGACACUGUUAAAGAAACCACAGACACUGUCAAAGAAACCAAAGACACUGUAAAUGAAACCACUGACACUGUUAGAGAAACCACAGAAACAGCCAGUGGAGCCACAGACACAGUUAGUAAUACCACAGACACUAUUAGUGAAACCACAGACGUUGUUAGGGAAUCAACAGACACUGUUAUCGAAACCACAGACACAGCCAGUAAAGCCACGGACACAAUUAGAGACAAUGACACUGUUAGUGUAGGUGACACCACAGCUGCUGUUAGAGAAACCACAGACACUGUUAGAGAAAUCACAUAUAUUAUUGGAGAAACCACCGACACUGUUAGUGAAACCAGAGACGUUGUUGUUGAAACCACAGACACUGUUGAAGAAACCACAGACACUGCUAGAGAAACCACAGACACUGCUAGAGAAACCACAGACACCAUUGCUUUAGAAACCACAGAUACUGUUAAAGAAACGGAAGAUACUGUUGAAGAAAUCACAGGGACUGUUAGUGAGACUACAGACGCUGAUAGAGAAACCACAGACAUUAAACAUCGAGUCUCCGUUAGUGAGACUACGGAUACUGUAGGCCAAUCCCCACACCUUGUUAGAGAAACCACAUUCACUGUCAGCGAAGCCUCAAACACUGUGGAUAAAAUAGGUACAGACAAAGUAGAUUCGGGCAAAGUUCCAAACCCUGUUAGUGAAACCCCGGAGUUUGAAAUCCAAGACACGGUUAGUGAAUCCACAGAAUUUGAAACCUUAGAUACUCUUAGUGAAACCCCCGAUUUUGAAACUUUGGACAAUGUUAGUGAAUUUACAGAUUAUGAAACACUAGACACUCUUAGUGAAACCACAGAUUUUGAAACCCUUGAUAAUUUUAGCGAGUCUGCAGAAUUUGUAACAUUAAACACCCUUAGCGAAACCCCAGAUUUUGAAACCUUGGAUAACGUUAGUGAGUCCACAGAUUUUGGGACUUUAGAGUCUGUCAGUGAAACAGAUUUCGAUCCACUUGAAGUUGAACCCAUAGACAGUGGCAGUGAAACCCCGGAAUUCAAAACGCACGACACGAGUAGCGAAACCCCAGACGUAGUUAGAGAAACCUCCCAGACUGAAACUGCAGAGUGUCUUACUAAAGAAACCCCAGAUAUUGUUAGUGAAACCCCAGACAUCAAUACACAAGAAUCUGCAAGCGAAUUACCAAACACUGUAAGUGAAGCCUUAGAAUCUGUUAGACAGGGAUCAGACACUGUUAAUGAAACCGCAGUUAUUGUUAGUGAAACCCUAGGCACUGUAAGCGAUACUGCAGCUAUUGUUAGUGAAGCCCCAAACACUGUAGGCGAGACUGUAGUUACUGUUAGUAAAGCCUCAGACAUUGUCAGUAGGGCCCAAGACACCGUAAGCGAAACUGCAGCUGUUGUUAGUGAAGCCUCAGACACUGUUAGUGAAAUUAUAGGCACUUGUAGUAAGACCCCAGACAUUGUUAGCGAACCCACAGAGACUGAUUCCCCUGCUCUUGUUAGUGAAACCCCAAACACUAUUAGGGACACCACAGAAACUGCUAGUGAAGCCUCAGACAUUGUCAGGGAAGAUACAGAGAUUACUAGUGAAGCCUCAGACUUAUUAGACGCCCUGGACUCUGUUCAGAAAACUUUGGGCGCUGUAGGUAAAACCUCUGACACUGUUAGAGAAUAUCCACCAGUUGCUAUUAGUGAAGCCCCAAUUACCGUUAGUGAAGCCUCACAUACUGUUAGCGAAGCCUCGCAUACCGUGAGUGAGGCUUCAACAGCUGCUUCUGUAGACACCCAAAGUGUAACCACCACAGACCCCCAACCUCCUUCCCCUGGGGCCGUCGCCAGUGCUUCCGAAACCCCUCCUGCUUCCCCGGGACCCUUUGUCGACGACCACACUCUCACCACCACCACUUCCACCACUACUUCCGGGUACGACCAUCGCAACGACCUCCUCGCCCAGCGUGAGUCGCGACCUUCUGACGCGAACUGGAACCUCUUCAACGGAAGUGGUGCGUUGACUGGGUGUUCUCUGGUAGCCUGUGUCGUAGAGGUGAUUGCAUCCCUAGACUGUAACGUAGACUGGCUCGAGAGAGUGUGGCUUUUCUUAGACUGUAGCUCGGAUAUGUGCCACGAUACAGUGCUUUUGUCUGCCUGUAGCAACGUAGUUGUGUUGUUCAACGAGCCCUUAACCUGUAGUGUAGACGUGUGUCGGUGUAUGGUUUCCUUAGGCAGCAUUAAUCUGAACACAACGCGAGCCAGAAGUGGCUUUUGGGUGCUGACAGGAGCUACCUGUGCCACCUGCCACAGGGACAUCCGGUGCCGCGGUAGAACGGGGGAGGAAAACGGAGCCAGAACGGGAAGGAAAAGUGUGUACAGAGAUAAAGGCUGA